UGUGGGCGGGCGGACGGGCAGCAGCUGGGGCUGGGAUUCGCGGCUGGUGUUCGCGGUUGGAAUGGUGUUGGUAGCUUCGCACCCUGGACCUUUCAGGAGGGGUGGUCCGGUCCGAGGGCUGGAAAAUCGAACUUUGGAGCAUUAUUGCCAGGAAAUCUUAAAAAAGCGGUCCUAAGCCAGUGCAGGUGUUAUGAAGCGGGCCGAGCCGCCUGGAGGCUUGGGUUGAGCCCAGUCAAGCAUGGACCCCGGCUGGCCCAUGGCGUGCACACUUAGGGGCUCCUGUACCGAGUCUUGGCGAUGGGCAGGACUUGCUUUGCUUUCUGCUAACCGCACCGUAGGGAUCCGUCAGACCCGUCCCAGUGUCUUUGCUCCUGAUGUCUCAGAAUAGCUCUGAACAUCCUGUCCCCAGGAACAGUGAACAAUUGCUUGACUCCAAACCUGAAGGAUAAGAAGGAAGGCUGUUUAAUGAUAGUUGAACCUGGGGUGAGAAGAGCUGCUUCCAAACAUAGCACUGAGAAGCCCCCUGUGGGGUGUCCCUUUGCUCCGAACGCCUCUGCAUCCGCGAAGACCAAUCUAUUCUUGAUGCCUCUGAAAAUCUGUCAGGCCUGCCCUCCCUUUGAGGGGAACCGUCUGAUCUCCAAACACUGGCUUUCAAGCUCUUCUCUUUUUCUUUCUUUGCGACCUACCCCAGCUUCUUGAUUCCUUUUCUUUUUCCUUUUUAAGAAACUUACAAGCUGGGUGCCUUGGUACCUGGUGUGCAAAGCCUUCAUAAACUCGUGGACACAGAAUUGAAAAAAACAAAAUCAAAUCAGAAGCUGUGAGGCCACCAGGGAAAACUGUGGUUAUGGAUGGAACCUCAUCCCACAUCCAGAGUGGGCUAGAUUGCAUCAGUGUCUCCAGCUGACUCAUCACCCUGCUGAUUAAUUCUGAGCCAGUGAAUCGUUAACCUGUACCCCCGUGGGAAGCAGCUUCCCCUGCUAGAGGACGGUGUCGUGUGUGGUUUCACGCGCCUUUAGUUCCAGACAGCACUCACUUCCAAAGGUACUUAGCCGUACCUCCAGCGCCGCCAUGCCGGCCACCAACCAGGGCUGGCCCGAAGACUUCGGCUUCCGGCUGGGCGGCUCGGGCCCCUGCUUCGUCCUGGAGGUGACAGAAGGGAGCAGCGCACACGCCGGGGGUCUGCGGCCCGGGGACCAGAUCCUGGAGGUGGAGGGGCUGGCCGUGGGUGGCCUGAGCCGUGAGCGCCUUGUGCGCCUGGCCCGGCGCUGCCCGCGAGUGCCGCCCAGCCUUGGCGUGCUCCCCGGUCCCGAGGGGGACCCAGGCGCCGGAUCUGGCCACGCGUCCCCGACUCCAGCCCUGCGGCCCCCGCGCCCCGCCCGAGGCCUCUCCCUGGGCCGCGAGCUGCUGCGCCUAGCCCGCCGGAGGCGCCCGGAGGCGGUGCACCGGGAGCGCAGGCGCAAGGCCCAGGAGUUCAGCCGCAAGGUGGAUGAGAUCCUGGGGGACCAGCCAACUGCCAAGGAACAAGUGUUUGCCGCCCUGAAGCAGUUUGCAGCCGAGCAGCGGGUGGAUGACCUGGUGUGGGCGCUGACCCUGGAGCUGCCCCACGACGCCCGCACACCCCUCCUGGACAACCUCAGGAUCUUCAUCCCCAAGAAGCACCGGGCGCGCUUCGACGAAGUGGUGUCGCAGGGUCUGCUGGGCAAGUUGUGCCGCGCUCGGCGGGCGCAAGGCGCGCAGGGGCUGCGCCGGAGCCGCAGCGAGGAGCGGCCGGAGCGCCUCCUGGUGUCCACUCGCGCCAGCGCGGCCCCGCGCCGCCCGGACGAGCCGCCACCGCGCAAGGCUGCCUCUCUGCUGGGCGGCCGUGCGGGCCCAGGGGGCACGCGCAGGACAGUACGAGUCUACAAGGGCAACAAGAGCUUCGGCUUCACGCUGCGCGGUCACGGGCCUGUCUGGAUCGAGUCUGUCCUGCCUGGGAGCCCGGCUGACAAUGCAUCCCUCAAGUCAGGAGACCAGAUCCUCUUCCUCAAUGGACUGGACAUGAGGAACUGCUCCCAUGACAAGGUGGUGUCCAUGCUUCAAGGCAGCGGCGCAAUGCCCACACUGGUGGUGGAGGAGGGGCUCGUCCCAUUUGCCAGCGACUCCGAUUCCUUGGAUUCCCCCAACCCAUCCUCGGCGCUCACCUCCUUGCAGUGGGUAGCAGAGAUCCUGCCCUCCAGCAUCCGGGUGCAGGGGAGGACUUUCAGCCAGCAGCUGGAACACCUCCUCACGCCUCCCGAGCGCUAUGGGAUCUGCCGGGCUCUGGAGAGCUUCUUUCAGCACAGGAACAUUGACACCCUCAUCGUGGACAUCUACCCAGUGCUGGACACGCCGGCCAAGCAAGUUCUCUGGCGGUUCAUCUACCAGCUGCUGACGUACGAGGAGCAGGAACUCUGCCAGGAGAAAAUUGCGUGCUUCCUGGGCUACACGGCCAUGACAGCAGAGCCAGAGCCCGAGCUGGACCUGGAGCCAGAGCUAGAGCCGGAGCCCGAGCCGGUGCCUGAGCUGCAACGGCGCAGCUCACUGAGGGCUUCGUCCAUGUGCCGCCGCAGCCUCCGGUCCCAGGGCCUGGAGGCCAGCCUCAGUUGCGGUCCCGGCGACUGCCCCGAGAUGCCUCUUCCUCUAAUUCCAGGCGAGCGCCAGGCGGGUGACGGCACGUCCCUCCCUGAGACCCCCAAUCCUAAGAUGAUGUCAGCUGUCUAUGCAGAGCUCGAGUCCCGGCUGAACAGCAGCUUCAAAGGGAAGGUGGGGACCACGUCCAGAUCCCGUGCCUCCCCACCAGUGCCCAGCCCGGCAGGCCCAGCAGGACCCAGGACCCUGUCCAGCAUCUCGUGGCCCAGCGAGCGACUCCUGCCCUCCCCCUGCUACUACCCACUGUGUUCAGGGGGCCUGGCCUCCCCCAGCAGCUCUGAGUCCCACCCCUACGCCAGCCUGGACAGCAGCAGGGCACCCUCCCCACAGCCAGACCCUGGGCCCAUCCGCUCCGACAGCCCCCCAAGCCCGGACCCUCCCCGCCCGCCCAGCCGCAGGAAGCUCUUCACCUUCUCCCGCCCUGUGCAAAGCCGGGAUACUGACCGCUUCCUGGAUGUGCUGAGUGAGCAGCUGGGCCCCCGGGUCACUGUCGUGGAUGACUUCCUGAGCCCUGAGAAUGAUUAUGAGGAGAUGAGCUUCCACGAUGACCAGGGAAGCUUCGUGACGAAUGAGCGGAGCAGCGCUAGUGAGUGCAUCAGCAGCAGUGAGGAGGGCAGCUCCCUGACCUACUCCUCCAUCUCCGACCACAUCCCCCCACCCCCACUCAGCCCCCCGCCUCCACCACCUCUGCCCUUCCAUGACCCAAAGCCCAGCUCCCGCACCCCUGAUGGUCCCCGGGGCCCUUCUCAGACACUGGCCAAGCCCCUCACCCAACUCAGCCACCCUGUCCCUCCACCGCCCCCACCACCCCUGCCCCCACCGGUGCCCUGUGCACCCCCCAUGCUGUCCCGGGGCCUGGGCCACCGGCGAAGUGAGACCAGUCACAUGAGCGUCAAGCGCCUGCGGUGGGAGCAGGUGGAGAACUCGGAAGGCACCAUCUGGGGUCAGCUCGGGGAAGAUUCUGACUAUGACAAGCUGAGCGACAUGGUGAAAUAUCUUGAUUUGGAGCUCCAUUUUGGCACCCAGAAACCUACUAAGCCAAUGCCUGGGCCUGAGCCCUUCAGGAAAAAAGAGGUGGUGGAGAUCCUGUCUCACAAGAAGGCCUACAACACCUCCAUCCUGCUGGCUCACCUGAAGCUGAGCCCCGCGGAGCUGCGGCAGGUGCUCAUGAGCAUGGAGCCCCGGCGCCUGGAGCCCGCGCACCUGGCGCAGCUGCUGCUCUUCGCGCCCGACGCCGACGAGGAGCAGCGCUACCAGGCCUUCCGCGAGGCGCCCGGCCGCCUCAGCGAGCCCGACCAAUUCGUCCUGCAGAUGCUCUCGGUUCCCGAAUACAAAACCCGCUUGCGAAGCCUGCACUUCCAAGCCACCCUGCAAGAGAAGACGGAGGAGAUCCGGGGCAGCCUGGAGUGCUUGCGCCAGGCCUCCCUUGAGCUCAGGAACAGCCGGAAGCUCGCCAAGAUCCUGGAGUUUGUGUUGGCCAUGGGCAACUAUCUCAAUGACGGACAGCCCAAAACCAACAAGACCACCGGCUUCAAGAUCAACUUCCUGACAGAGCUGAACUCCACCAAGACUGUGGAUGGGAAGUCCACCUUCCUGCACAUCCUUGCCAAAUCACUGAGCCAGCACUUUCCAGAACUCCUGGGCUUUGCUCAGGACCUGCCCACUGUGCCCCUGGCUGCCAAAGUGAACCAACGGGCCCUAACCAGUGAUCUGGCUGACCUCCAUGGCACCAUCAGUGAGAUACAGGCUGCUUGCCAGAGCAUGUGCCCCUCCAGUGAGGACAAGUUUGCUGUGGUCAUGACGUCCUUCCUAGAGACGGCCCAGCCGGUGUUGCGGGCCCUAGAUGGGCUGCAGCGCGAGGCCAUGGAGGAGCUGGGCAGGGCGCUGGCCUUCUUCGGUGAGGACUCCAAAGCCACCACCUCUGAGGCCUUCUUUGGCAUCUUCGCAGAGUUCAUGAGCAAGUUCGAGCGAGCACUCAGUGACCUGGAGGCUGGGGAUGGCCUGCGCAGCUCGGGGAUGGUUUCACCCCUGGCCUGGUGACCUGCGGAGCCUGUCCUACCUGAGGCCCGUCCCAGUGGCCUGGAGCAGCCCAGAGCGGCCUGGUGGGAGACGGGGCCCAGCCUCCCCGUGGCUCCAGCUACCUCAGCCGUCAGGCUCUGGGCACCGGGAAGGUGCAGGGUCCGCCGGCUGCCCCUCUGUGGGCCUUGGCCUGACUCUGGCUCCAAUGGAGCACUGGGGGCUUGAGGCAGAGAGGAGGUGCCAACUCCCCAAGAAGUGUGAACCUUGGCUGCCCACAGGUGUGCUCACCCUGGAAGGCCUGGCUUUGCCCCGCCUUGCUCUGGGCCUUGGGGCAGGUGCUGGCUGUGCACACCCUCAGGACUCUGGCUGGUCCCAGGGAGGGGUGACAGGGCUGCGACCCGCAAAUGGAUUGUGGGGCGGCCCCCACCCUGGGGCAGCGUCUGCUUUCUGCCCCUCCAAGCUUGGCCAGAGCGUAUUCUGCCCCAAACGAGGACAUCAGAAUCUCCUCUUGGGGUCUGCUCCCAGUGGGCUGGAGGGACGCCCUUGCAGAACAUUCACUCUAGAGCCUGGAGAAGGUGACAGCUGCCCUUGAACAUGCCCAGCCAGUGGGCACAAUUGGCCUUGAGGUCCCUUUCCCAGCCCCAGCCUCCUGGGGCAGCUCAGAAGAAAGCAGGAGAAAGGACAUCCCUGGGUACAGGGAUCUGGGGGCCCGGGCACCUAGUCUGGGUCUUGGAAGCUGGAAGAAACUGCAGCCCAGAAGCAGGACAGGCAGAACAGAUGCUGGGCAGGGAUCCAGAGGAGGUGAGGAUUAGGAAGACACGCCAUGUCAGACUGGAGAAUUGUGGGCUUUAUCCAGCAGACAAGUUUUAGUUCAGUUUGGGGAGCCUGAAAGUGGGAUGGUGUGGUCAAGGCAGAGGGCAGAGAGAACAGAAAGAUGUUCCGGUGCUGGGUCAGCAGGACUUGGGGGCUGAUUGGCUGGGUCGGGGUGAUGUUCCCUGGAAUGGGUCCCCUGCGCAGAGCAGUUGUUGGGCUGGAUGACACAGUGGGACGUAGCUGGGAUCCCAGAGGCUCUUUCCCAUGUGUGUCUGGAGGCCCUGGUGAGGUCAGGGGCUGGAGGAGACAGGGAGCAGGGCAGCUGUGGACAGGGACGAUGUGUUAAUUUCCUCCAUCCUUCCCAUGCUCCCGCUGGCCGUUUCCGGCAUCAGUAGAUUCCCAUUGCCUCUUUCCUUAACUUUCUUCCAGAAAAGUCUGCACUGGGCUUUGAACUUGUCUCCUGGAUUCUUCUUCUCUCCCUACAGUCAAAUGGAUGAUGUUGCUUUUGGACAGUAUUUGGGACAUGUUCAGUUCUUGCUAGUCUCCCACAACUGCUCUUUGAGGCCAUGUAUGUUCUUUCCUUGUUCCCCACUCACAGCCACCCUAUAAACCUGGGGCGCCUGGGUGGCUCAGUCUGCUUAAGCAUCUGACUCUUGAUUUCAGCUCAGGUCAUGAUCUCAGGG